AAGUUUUGGGAGAGCUGGGCCAGUAGCUGGGCGACUUGGGCAGCGCUGGGCACGCGGGACAGUGCAGACAGAAGGCGCGGGCUGUGCAGUAGACGUCCACCGUACCAGCCCCGUGGGCUUUAUUUAUUUAUUUAUCUAUCUUUAGAGCGACGGUGUCCCUAGGUCACAGAUCCUAAAUGCACCGGCUCAUCUUAGUCUCCAUUCUUGUGUGUGCGAACUUUUGCAGCUAUCGGGACACUUUUGCGACUCCGCAGAGCGCAUCCAUCAAAGCUUUGCGCAAUGCCAACCUCAGGAGAGAUGAGAGCAAUCACCUCACAGACUUGUACCGGAGAGAUGAGAACAUUCGGGUGACAGGAUCUGGCCACGUGCAGAGUCCUCGCUUCCCCAACAGCUACCCGAGGAACCUGCUCCUGACAUGGCGGCUCCAUUCCCAGGAGAAAACACGGAUACAGCUGGCCUUUGACCAUCAAUUUGGACUGGAGGAAGCAGAAAAUGACAUUUGUAGGUAUGACUUUGUGGAAGUUGAAGAUGUCUCAGAAAGCAGCACUGUUGUCAGAGGAAGAUGGUGUGGCCAUAAGGAGAUCCCUCCAAGGAUAACUUCAAGAACAAACCAGAUUAAAAUCACAUUUCAGUCUGAUGACUAUUUUGUGGCAAAACCUGGAUUCAAGAUUUAUUAUUCAUUUGUGGAAGAUUUCCAACCUGAAGCAGCCUCAGAGAUCAACUGGGAAUCAGUCACAAGUUCUUUCUCUGGGGUGUCCUAUCCUCCAUCAGUAAUGGACUCUCUCACUGCCGAUGCCUGGACAAAGCUAUACAGAAUUGAUACUGUAGAAGAUCUGCUCUGGUACUUCAGUCCAGCGUCUUGGCAAGAGGAUCUGGAGAAUUUGUACAUGGACACCCCUCGUCACAGAGGCAGGUCAUACCAUGAACGGAAGUCUAAAGUGGACCUGGACAGGCUCAAUGAUGAUGUCAAGCGUUACAGUUGCACUCCCAGGAAUCACUCGGUGAAUCUCAGGGAGGAGCUGAAGCUGACCAACGCAGUCUUCUUCCCACGAUGCCUCCUUGUGCAGCGCUGUGGUGGCAACUGUGGUUGCGGAACUGUCAACUGGAAGUCCUGCACGUGCAGCUCAGGGAAGACAGUGAAGAAGUAUCACGAGGUACUGAAGUUUGAGCCUGGACAUUUCAAAAGAAGGGGCAAAGCUAAGAAUAUGGCUCUUGUCGAUAUCCAGUUGGAUCAUCAUGAGCGAUGUGAUUGCAUCUGCAGCUCAAGACCACCUCGAUAAAACACUAUGCAUUGAGCAUGCAAGGACCUUUAGGUUAAGAAUACAUGGUAAGAGACCCUUGUCCCACCCUAAGGAGCCAGAAUUUCUUCUAAUCUACAGUACAGUGAAUACAUAUGGAAAUGUUGCUUUGUUAGGGCCAUAGCAAGAAAAAGCAUGUAUCAUCCAUUUCUAUAUCUGUAAACAUGGGAAUUCACUUAUUAAUAGUAUGUGAAGAUAUGCAUGUAUACCCGGAUAUAUGUCUAGCUCGAUGUGUGUAAAUAGAUGAAAUACUUUAUUCAGUAUAUUUAUUGACUUCCUCCAGAGACAAAUGAUUAGAUUAUUACUUUGAUAUUUUGUCAAACAUAUAAAACGUGUUUUAAAAAUUCAAAAGAUAAGUUUAUUCUAAAACUUUCUGUCAAAAUGUACCAGAUCUUGCUCUCGUAAAGAAGGCAUUUGUCCAUUAAAUGAAAACUAAGACAUUCUUAUGUGUAUACCUUAAUUAUGUGGAGAAAAAUACAUAGUUUCUGUCAAUAAAAACAAGUUUUUAAAUAUUUUCUUCAUGAGAUGCACUACUCACCUACAAAUGUGGACAGUAAUUAUCUGUCUCCAUGACAAUACCAAAGUAAUAUGGAAUAGUUAACAACUAAGUCCUCUUUAAUGUAUUUUCUCAAUGCAAGCUAAUCCACUGAGCACCAUUCUCAAUGAAUUGUUCAGGGGAUUGUUGUGAUGAUAGGCAAACAAUAGGUUGCUACAGAAUUUUUGAACUUUUUUAUUUUAAAAUCUGCAGAAAAGCAAGUGUUUUCAGAAAGAGCAUGCAAUUACACUUGAGCCUUUCAACAUAAUAAUCAUGGCAAGACUUAAGAGAUGGAAAGUCAGAAAUAAGCAACAUAACUGAAAAUCAGAUGGGCUGUUUGAUAAGGUCUACAUUUAAAAAUGGGUCGAAGUCUUCUAAACUAUGCCAAUAAUUUUUCUGUUUUGCUCUUGCAUUUCUAUCUUUGCAAUAUAUACACAUGAACUUAUAUCAUGUUACAUGAAACAAGCUAUCAUGGAAUAUUUAUAGCCUAAAAGUGUUCAUGUAUUAACAAAACAAGUAACUUUUAUUGGUGUAAAUCUCUAAUCCUAUACUUAAGAGUCUACAUACUUAUUUCUGAAUCAGCAGAAAUUAAUUGCGAGAUCUCGUAUUCUUUUCAAGUCUUCAGGCAGCUGUAGGUUGUGGAGGCACACGUUUGGUUCUGCCGUCCCACGGAAAAGCUUUUUGUUCUGGUUAUUAGCAGUGAGAGUUGUUUCCUCAGUGGUUCCUCUAUCUCUAUUCUAAUGAGUCCAGAAACAGGAAGUUGUUCAUUGAUCUCCAAACAAAAUGGUUAGGAAGGAAUCCUGAAGUCAAGUUAGCUUGGUUCUGCUCCCAGGAAACUACAUUUUUCUUCCUGCCCUGAAAGUAGAAAAGAAAAUGCAUUUCUUCUGGGAGUUCAACACUACCCUGAGCACAGAUUGUUUUGUUUCUGGCUCUGUGCACAGGCCGCUUUGGUCCAGUGUCAGAUGAGUAGCAUAUACACACAUACACUAAGUAUGAUGCUGUCCAAGCCACAUUAAUAGCUGUAUUCAACCAACCUGUGCUUACUGACACACAACUUCUAAAGGUUCUAUGCAAUCAAUUAUGUGUCAGUUCUACUCAAAUAAUUUUUAAAAUUAAGUAGCACAUUGUUAAGUUGUCAAGCAUGCCAGAGAGCAAUGAGAAGUAAGCUAGGCCCACAAUAAAAAGUUAUUUUUUCCUCCAUGGCCAUUUACAAGCUUCCUGUGGAAGAGUGGCUUCCUAUACAAACCUCAACUACAUAUUACAUUACUCACUGUAGAGCUCACCAUAGCUUCAGUAUAAAACAUUAGAGUCU